AUGGGUAAUGACCAGCCCAUAAGCACGGACCGUGAGGAUGCCAACUUCUCACGGUUAGAGGCGUCCUUCUCAGAGACAAAUGUGCUCCCUCGCGGGAAUUCGAUUGAGAUGAAGGCUAUCUCUCGUCAUACAAAAGCAACCGAUUUGGAAGCCAAGGAUUUAGACUUUAACUUCAAUUUGAGCCGCAGCAACUACCCUCUCGGUAACCUCCAGUCCCUCCAGGACGUCUUUCCAGCGGUGCAGCAUGACACACAUCUGAAAAACCCUCGGAAUUUUUCCGACGAGACUGAAAUCAUGUGUCUGGACGUGAAUGAAGACACCGCAUCAUGGAAUACGCUCGACUCUUUGGGAUUGGGCCAACUUCUUCGGAGUAUCCCAAAACCUUCUCAUACGAAUGCACCCUACGGCCAUUCGAAACCUUCGCGAUUACUUGCCUUCUUCGUGCCUCUUAUACCAGAGAAGCAUACUUCGUUUGCAAAUCGGAUUUCCAUGACGCAAGAUAACACGGUGGACCUUUUCAAGUACCUGAACGCUGAUCCGUCUUUCAUUAUGAACUUGCUUGGACGACCGGACUACUGGGCGCCGCAGACACGAUGGACGUCCGAUAGCAAUAGUAACAUAUUAGCUUGUGGGGCGCCCCUCUCAGUAUAUGUGCGCUAUAACGCGGCAUUGCAUCUCACCACCUACAUCAUUGCCCACAAGGAAGGAGACUCGAGCAUCCAAGCCCUGCACAACAUUUUCAACCUCGCAAUAGGAACGGCAUCGGCAGAGAAAAAGGCACGCCUACUGCUCGACGAUCCGUUCGAUCUCGCCGUCAUCCUGUCCACAUUAUCCUUUGAGGCUUCGAAAUAUCACGCCCAACGAUUCCGGCGAUUCAUGUGGACCCAGAUCAACAAGGUCGACGACCAUCUCGCGGGGCUCGAAACCAACGACCGCCGCAGGUUAGGAGAACUGACAAAGGAACUGCAAAUCAUCUCCCAAAAUGCGGAUUCGCAUCUGGGCAACGCCGACGUCGCGAUUAUCACAGCAAGUGCGAUCCGCACGGCGCAUGCUCGCUUGCAUGAAGCCAUGGGUAGCCCGCCCCGGGUGUUUGAGCGCGCGUCCGACUCGAUCACUUAUGUCAUUGAGUCCAUGCAGAAGCAGAAGAUAUGGUUUCUCAACUACAAGAACCGCAAAGACAGCACGAUGGCGUUGGUGUAUAACCUUGUGACGCAGCAGGAUGCAGCCAGUAACAUUCAAUUGGCGGCGAGUAUGAAACGGGACAGUACCAGCAUGAAUGCGAUUGCUGCGUUGACAAUGGUCUUUUUACCGGGGACAUUCAUCGCUACCAUCCUAAGUGCCGGUACCUCCAAUGGCGGCCGUGAUAACGCAGGGUUUGAUUCGAUAUCGGUAUGGUGGCUGUGGGCUGCGAUAACAGUGCCUCUCACGCUGGUUGUCAUGUCCAGUUGGUGGUUCUAUAAGAAGCGAAACGACCAGAUGCGCCCAGCGCCAAUGGCUAAGGAGGAAGCCCAUAUCCCACCACCGGAUAGAGAAACGUUCCGCUCUAUGAGAUUCUCGUCAUGGAGCCGAAGAGACAGUGCUUCUGGCAAGGUCUGA